UCGUGAAGUAAAUAAAUAAACCAAUCAUGCCGUGAAGCUGAGACCUCGGGUUCACUCCAAGAACUCUCCACCCUCAUCAGACUCCAAUCAUUGCCACAGUGAGCCGCCAGGUCCUCCUCCUCACACCCACGCUGGGCAGCACUGUGGAGAGUUUUUGGAAAAGUUUACGAAGAGGUUUUGGUCAGACACUGUUGGCAGCCAAGCGCGCCCCCGCUGCGCUUUGUUAUUAUCUUAAAGGACUCGCACCAAAUGGAUUCAUCUCUCGAGUUUUCCAGCUCUUUGGGUAGUGUAUCCUCACUGCUAACCCGCUGUCGGACAUUCAAGGUGCUUGUGAUUGGAGACUCCGGGGUGGGUAAGACCUGCCUCACGCACCGGCUGAGCGCCGGAGAGUUCCCCUGCAGAGCGGAGGCCACGAUCGGCGUGGAUUUCCGCGAGAGAGUGCUUGAAAUCGAUGGAGAGAAAAUCAAGCUCCAGCUGUGGGACACAGCAGGACAGGAGCGCUUUCGUAAAUCCAUGGUGCAGCACUACUACCGUAACGUCCACGCGGUGCUCUUCAUUUACGACGUCACCUGCCCUGCCAGCUUCAUUGGCCUGACUUCCUGGAUAGAAGAGUGCCGGCAACACUGCCUGGGACAAGACAUACCACGAUUCCUAGUGGGGAAUAAGAGCGACCUCCGUGACACCAGUAGGACCAACAGCCAGGUGACCCAGGAACGGGCGACGAGUUUCGCCAAAGCGCACAGCAUGAUGUUUUUUGAGACGUCCGCCAAGGACCCGCCAAAGAAAUGCACGAGCGGACGGCGAGGCGAGGGGCAGGUGCUGUAUCAGCAGGAUAACGUGGAGGACAUCGUCACCGCUGUCGGUCUCAAACUGAAGAGACUGAAGAAACCUUCGACAACAAAUUCCCUGGCGUACAGCGGCUCCUUCAAGCUCGUUAACAAGAAGGCCGAAAAGGAGGCGGCGAGCUGCUGCUGAGGAAAUGCAGUCGCUCCCACACAGAACUUAAACUCUUAAAAAGGUGAAAUGUGCCACUUGGAAACUUUGUGUACAUUUGUAAUCUCAUUGUUUACAAUAGCUGCAAAAUAAAAUACUGUGAAUGUAAAUAUCCAC